AUGCUGGCGUGGUUGAAAGCAAUGGAGGACCGUCCUAAAGCCCGCUUUGAAGCCCGUAUGGAAGCGCUAGAGGCUGUUGUUAGACAAUGCAACGAAUUUAAAAGGCAGGCCUACGAUAAGAUUACUAAAAGGUUGGAUGACUUUGAAGCUGUCUGUAGACAAGCAACGACUAUGUACGAGGCCGUCCGACAACAUCCGAACUUGCGGAAUGUUGAUGAAAAAGUUGUCCGCCACACCGUCAUAGAAUGGUUUCACGGGUCUCGGGACCACUAUAGUGGGGUGCGAGGGAAACGAAAGGAUGUUGUCCAGGGAGACUUCCUGGACUUAUUGAACUCUGACGACACG